AUACCUGACGUACGGCGAAUACCUGGUCUGUGGUAGAGCGUUCACUCAUAAAUCCCGCCUGGUACUGCCCCACGAACUCUCAUGCAAUUGGUGUUAGUCAGCGGCAUACAAUUUGGGAGAGUACCUUGUGCGUUCAGCAAUGUGAUUGCGCGGUAGUUUCUACAAUCCAGAUUAUCCCCCUUUUUGUAGAUGGGACACACUACACCUUCCAUCCACUCCUGCGGCAGAACAGAACCCUGCGGCAGUAAUUACCCAGUGCAGCGCUCUAGCCAGUGCCUAACCACCGUGUUUAAACAGCUCUUCUGGUAGUUGGUCAACUCCAGGCGCUUUGUUUUAAAACGCCGCAUCGGUGUUGAACUUAAUCUGUAGAUUAAAAAAACACUUUAAUGAAGUUAAAAAAAAUGCCGCACCCCUCCGAACUUAUACAAGACAAAUGAGAAGCCGGAUAGGUUGCGUUGCCGACACUUCGUUUAUUAGCUGGUCGAGGACACCUCCAUUAUGAAGAAACCUAACUUGCCACGCUCAAAGAACAAAAAGAAACUCAGUUGCACAGUUCAUGUGUAUGUAUGUAUGUGUAAAAAAUUCUGUAUACUUUUUGCCUUUCUCGUAUAUUUUAACUUUAGUUUCAAAUGUUAUAAAAACAUUUUUUUGUCCACGUUCAUUUGAGCUUUCGAUCAAAAGCUUAUGUGCACUCUCGUUUACGCCAGUUCAAUACAAUAGGAAAACAAAUUCAAACAAGUCGUUCAAAAAAAAACAGCUUUUUAUUGUUAUCUACAUUGUUUCUUUUGAAAUGCUCAUCAUUAAUUAUAUUUGUUCUACAGUAGCAUGACUUUUAGAAAACUCCUUACAUUGAAACCCAAAGUGUCGGAAGUUCUGACAGCAUAUUUGAAACAGUGCAAUGAACCACCGUGGACGUCGUACUUCAUUAAGUAUCGUGAUGUGGAAAACGACCACUUUGGCCGAUCGCAUUUCAACUGGACGUUGAAGACCGGGACAAACUACCACAUUUUGCGAACUGGUUGCUACCCGUACAUGAAGUACCACUGCACGAAGCGCCCACUCCAGGAUCUGAGUAUAGAGGACACCUUUUUCAAAUUUAUCAAGGUGAUCAAUCUUGGACUGCCGCAGCUAGGCUACGGGUUCGCGGCAAGAUACCUCAUCCGUCAUGUUGAAUGGGUCGAUAUGGGUAAGCAAUACGGAAAAGUCCCAAUCUACUUCCUCUAUGAGGAGGACAAAGGAUCAUUAUAUUAG